GAAGCCGGCGGAUGGUGUAAAUGGAAAUUUAGAAACGCAAGAAGCAGGGUAAGGAAAAAAAAAGAACGUUAACAUGUUUAUAAAUAAAAUAACGUUAGUGACUGUAGGUAUCGCAAGUAAUUUUUUAAUCACGUCGACAAUUUGACUUCUCUUUCUUCUUUCACAUCGACGUCAACGCGCUCUGUUUUCCAGAUUCGGAAAAGCCGUUCGCGUCAUCUUCAGUGACGCAGCAACAGAAUCGUCGAGAGGCUGCAGGCAUGGGUCGACAUGUAGUCGAGAGGUCUGCCACUUGUGUUCGCAUACGUGUACCAGGAAGCUCGUUCAAAAAAUUAUUUGCUCCCCACACUGAAGAAGUCACGCAAGAUUGUAGGUCAUGUCUGAGCGAUCCCGCCUGGUGGGAAAGUUCGGGCAUCAACAUCGUCACGAAGACGAUGGCACGAGCUAUGGCUCACGAGCUCCUGCAGUUGACGGCGUUCCACGCGACUGCGAGCAGCCGCAAGCAGCAGCUCUGCCCCUCCGUCGCCGUCUUCAGUCAGUCCUCUUUCACGCCCUGCGUCAUCCUAAAAUGAUGGCCCUCUGGAAGGACCCGAAGGCCGUCUCGGCCACUGGCGACGGGAGCCGGUCGCCAUCUUCGGCCGUCGAGGAUUUGCUAAAGAAGCCACAGCCCGGACACGAGGAGAAGAGUCGCACCAGCCAUACGAAGAAACAUCGCUCGCCGAGUCGAACGCGCCACCGCCGCCGCCACCAGUCCAAGGACAGGCAGCACGAGGAACUGCUGCUGCAUGACACCGGCGGCGCUGACGUCACCUCGAAACUCGAACGCACCGCCUUGCCGGCCGCCAAGAGCCCAUCGCGAGUGACACCAUCGAAUGAGGAGGUAGCGGCAACGGUGUCGGCGCCUCCCCCGGUGCCGGCGAACGUCGAGCCGCUGCCGGCGUGCGGCCGCCUGUUGGGUGGUAUGCGACGGCCCGGCUGCGUGGUGGUGUUCUUCUGCUGCUGCGCUUUCCUCCAGGGCCUCAUCACCAACGGCUGCGUCAACUCGAACCUGGCGACGCUCGAGAAGCGCUAUCAGCUGCGCAGCGUGGAGUCCGGACUCAUCGGCAGCCUGUACAGCGUCGCCUCGCUCGUGGUUCUCCUGCCGGUGACGCACUUCGGCAAGGACAAGAACAAACCGCUGAUGAUGGCGUUCGGCACGUGCUUGAUGGGCGUCGGCACGCUCACCAUGGCGCUGCCGUACUUCGUGGGGCCGCCGUACUCGUUCAGCCAGCCGAGGCCCGACACCUGCGAGCUGGCCACCAGCAUCACGGUCAACGACAGCGUCCCUGAGUGCGAUCCCGGCGCGGGUGACCUGCGCGAAUACAAGUGGUUCUUCUGGAUCGGCAAUUUCAUCAACGGCAUCGGCACGGCGCCUUAUUUCACGCUGGGCAUCGCCUACUUGGACGAGAACUUCCGACGAUCCGUCUCUUCCAAGUACAUCGCCGCUUUUCAAGCGAGUGCCGUUGUGGGGCCGGCCACAGGAUUCGUCGUCAACGGGAACUUCUUGAAAUAUUACGUCGAUCAAGGCGUCAAUCCAACGCUGCUCGGGCUGACACGCGAGAGCACCGCGUGGGUCGGCGCUUGGUGGCUGUGCUUUCUCUACGCGGGGCUUUUGUGCUUUGCUCUGGCCUUGCCCGUUAGUUUUCUACCGGCAGAGCUGCCAGACCACGCUAUCGUCAUGGCAGAAAAGAAGCUUGAUGACCAAGACAAGCCCCUGGGUCAAUCGGAAGGAAACCUACAGGCAACAGUGCUUGAUUUGCUGAGCAUAAAGCCGUUCGUCCUCGUUUGCUUUGCCGGUUCCGCUGAGCUGAUGGUCGCAAGCGGCCUGUCUUCAUUUCUGGUGAAGAUGCUGCAGGCGCAGUUUAGCAUGACCGCGUCCACAGCUUCAAUGAUUAUGGGCUCCGUGACCAUACCGACGGCCAUGGUGGGCGUUAUGUUAGGAGGCAUGGUCAUUUCUCGCUUCCAGCUGGGCGCCACGGGCAUCGUGCGCCUCUGCGUGCUCGUGCUUCUCGUGCCCAUCGUUCUGGUCAGCGUGCUGCUCUUCCAUUGCGGCAACAUCCCCUACCGGAACGUCCAGUACGACGUCGGAGUUGCAGGCGUGGCGAGCGUGAAUGUCUCUCUGAAGGAGUCGUGCAACAGCCGCUGCAGCUGCACCACGACACGCUUCAAUCCCGUCUGCGGCCGCGACGGCUACACCUACUACUCGCCGUGCUUCGCCGGUUGCCUGCGCGAGUAUGCCACGGCGAACAGCAGGGCGUACUCGCAGUGCCUGUGCAUCAACCACACGGCCUCGGCGCCUUCGCUGGCGCAUAAGGGCGACGGAGCCAGUGGCCAGGGUGGCAGCACGAGCCCGUUCGGCACGGUGACGGGCACUAUGGUCGCCAUCGACGCUGUGCGAAACAAGUGCCCCAACCCAUGCGGCCUGGUCAAUGUCUUCAUACCCAUCCUGGCUGCCAUCGUGUUCGCCACGUUCUUCCUCAGCACGCCUGCCGUCGCGGCCAUUCUCAGGUGUAUUCCUGAGAAGGACAAGUCCGUCGGCCUCGGAAUUCAAUGGAUCAUCGUGCGGGCUUUCGGGUUAAUACCCGCGGGCGCCGCGUUCGGGCACACCAUCGACGCGAGCUGCGUGCUGUGGGAGGAGCCGUGCGGGUCGUCGCAGGGCGCAUGCGCCAUCUACGACAACAUGCUGCUCAACCGCAACGUCUACUUCCUCAUCCUGGCGCUCAAGAUGGCCUCGUUUUUCUGCUUCGGGCUGGCACUCUACUUCCUCCACGAGCCAUCACCACCGCCCGUGUCCGUAGCCGCCUUGCCCGACUGACUCCCGCGGGACUUUGAAAGCGUUGCAGAAGAAAAAAAAAUA